AUGAAUGACGCGGAACGAGAAGGUAGAGGGGACCUUAAAACGAGCGAGAUACAGCGAAUCCAGUUUCUCGAAGCUGAAGCAAACACGAACCUUGUAGUCACUUUUCAAUGGGACGUUCAGUGGUACAGUUGCAGUCAGCCAAGAAGCACCGUCAGAUUCGGUCCGGCCGGCGAUGACUGGACUUUCCCAUACUGGUUGGCUAGAACUGUGAAAAGGUUUCAGGCUGCUAUCGAAGCUAUUUCUAACACAUACCAGUACGUUCCUAUGCCACCUGUUUUCGAUUCCCGACUGCGUUGGCAAUCACUGGAAUAUGAUGAAACAAGGGCAUAG